AUGGUGAGCCAACUCGUCCAUUUUAAAUCUCUGUUGUUCAUAAUUGGUAACCAAGGUGGUAACAAUCGCCGCGAAGAUCGUGGUGGUAACCAAGGUGGUUGCGGGCAGAAUUCCGGGGGUCAGCGUGGAGGCGGCGGUGGCCGAUCAAAUUCCGACAAAGGUGGUGGCCACCGUGGGCGUGGCAGCAGUGGUGGUAACAAUGGUCCAAUUACAUGGAUUCCUAAUACAGGGGCUACCAAUCAUGUGACUCCGGAUAUUGCAGCCCUAUCUACAUCGGAGGAAUACACGGGUAAUGACACAUUGCGUGUGGGUGAUGGUAAGACACUCUCUAUUAGUUGUAUUUGCCCGCGGGCUGAGUCGGUUCUUCAUCCCACUGCGGUUUCACCACCACUCGGUCCUGUCGCCGUCCCACCCAGUCUCGCCGACAGCGAUUCAGACUCGCCUCCACCACCCCCUACUGACGUCGCCGGUCAAUCUGCCUCGUCGGACCGUGAGCUGCCUGUCGAGGCGGUCCAUCUCGUCAAACGCCCACGUAGGCAUCCUAUCGGGAAAACAAUCAAGUCCACAGUUCGGACUCAUGAGAUGCACACUCGGAGUCGGUCUUAG